AGCAUUGCAUAAGUGGAUAUGCGCUAUGUAAAUGCAAUCCAUUAUUAUUUUUAUUGUUAUUAAGAAAGGUGUUACGUCUCUCACAAGUGCGUAAGGUCAUAUGAGCGCCAAGCGGUGGAUGUCAAAAGAGAAGUCCAAACGGGGAAUCAGGCUUACUCUGCUCUCUGCUCACCUCUCUAGCCUCAACAGCACAAACUCAUCUUUCAAUACACAAGGUGUUAAAGAAAAUAUUGAUUUGUUGACACAAACUGAUACAAAUCAUUGUGCAAGCGUUAGGAGAGUAGUAAUUCUAUAACCGAGAGACUUUUGACAGUAAAUUGUGCCACGAAUUUUUAUCAGCCUAGAUCUAUAAUAAUGCUGUCCUCUUUAUUUCACACUAUCAAAUAAAUUUAUAAAAAUAUGCGAUGGCCUUUCGUCAUUCUGUUUCUCAAUAUAACUUCAGGUGUGAAUGGUAAAAGACCCACUUGAGGUCUCUAGUAAACAACAUGUGUUUCCUGUAUGACGUCACAGCUACUCAUAUGUUGGCCGAAAACAGAGUGGAUACCCCGGAUGUGUGCCCUGGGUCAGGUACGUUUCUAAUGGAGAUCUCAACUAGACCUUCACCCUACGGGACCUUUAAACUAUUAUAACUUUGUGGUUUAUUCAGAUCAACAAAAAAGUUUCCCCGCUUUUGCAACAGUCUUAUCUCUAUACGGAAACCUGCAAAAAAGACAGAAAAUAACUUUUAUUGUCUAUAGUCUUCCCUGGUUACACAACCAUAUAGAGUAAUAUAAUCUGGUAUUUCACCUUCACGCACAGAAAAACGAUGCCUUCGUCCGCUGACCAGUCCCAAUUGAAAUGAUUAAUUAUCCGAUACACAAAAGUAUUGAACAGUGCGCCAUGGCCCAGCUAAAGACCAAAAUGAGUCCCUUCAUUACAUAAAAACACUUUUUAUUUCUUGACAUUCAAUAAAUUUUUCACAGAAGGCUCAAGUAUACUGUAAUCAAUAAAAUCUUGCUUCCUUUCGUCUUGAAACUUCAGAGACAAUGAGUACUGUAAGAUCGAUGGAAAUAUGAACGGGCAAAAGGAAAAAGGAACAGACAGAGCCCUCUGGCGGUAGAAUAGCUAUCAAGUUUGAAUGACGACACAAUACAAUAUACCCGAUACUGUUUGAAUAUCAUCCUCUAAUAUCCAGUCUUUUCCUAUUACUGUUUCCAUUCCAACAAGACCACAUUCCAAACCAAUACAACAGAGACUUACAUUUCUUUAUUACUCACAGAAUGUAAGAAACACAAAAACUGAAUAAAUCAAUAUACAACUAAGACGGAUUGUAUUUGGAUGCAGAAUACGUAAUCGACAUAAUGGACAAAGACACAAGUGUCUAUUGACUAAAGAACUGAGCUCAGUUGUCUUGAAUUCUCCAGGUAUAAAUAUGUUUGCUUCUAUAAUACCGGUUAUUAGUUGCAGUAACGCGACAGGGGGGCGAUUUGACUGUUUUUCCGACACUCAAGCCUCACCAUGGUUUCUACAUUAACAUUUCGAGAAUUAAAUCGGUGUUGGUGCUUUGCUAUGAUCAUUACAGGUAUCCUUUCUGACGAGCGACUCCAGUAUGUUCUUGCGUUUCCAAAACAUCUCAACUACGCCGUUGCUUCAUUGGCCAUCUCGCCUCUCUCACAGGACUUUGUUCCGAACACCGCGGUCACUGUAACAGCACCUGCACGUAUGACGUCAUCAGGCGAAAAACAGACUCAGGAAUAUUCACACACCUUUACGUCAACCUCAAACGAGCAAUGGCUUCUGAACCUGGAGUAUUUGGCUCAUUUCGACAUUUCAGGUGUCGGGAGGAAACAAGGAAUAGUCGUAACUUCCUCGGCCCAGCUAGUCGUCCAGGCAAGAAGUUUGAAAGUUACAGUACAUGGAAGUUAUACCAGUAGUGCUGGAGGGUUUAAUGUUUUGCCUGUCAUUCUGCUAUCCUAUGAGUAUUUAGUAGUCACAGAAUGUGUAUUUUCCUUGUGUGUUCUUCUUGUCGUGAACCCUGAGGGGGUCAAUGACGUCACUAUUGACCUAAAACUGGAGCCAAUGCAAAGCAAUAUCAUGUACAAAGAAACGUAUUUUCAUUCUGGACAAUUUAUACAGGAAUCAUUAGGACCCCUUGAUGUUUUGCAGAUCUUGGCCGAGAAAACAGACCUCACAGGUACAUGGGUCAGGGCACAGAGGAGCAUAGCGGUCUUUGCAGGUGUAGAUUUCGAUUGUGUGGGGUUAAACAUUUACAUAUGUUCAAAAAGAGACAUGACAAUAGAGCAACUUCCCCCUGUGUUCGCUCUAGCUCAGAACUAUGUCUUAGCACCUCUGUUUGAUAGAAAAAUAAAUAGCUUCAUCAAAAUUGGAUACGUCAGUCCAUCAACGACUUUGUCCGGUUUGCAACAUCUCGAAAUAAACGUAGACAUGGUUAAGAAUACCUCCACUUAUUUACUUUUCAAAUUAGGAAACAUUAUAAUUAAUCUGCAUGCCUCUGCGCCCGUGUUGGUUCUACAGUAUGUCGUGUCUUCAGAUGCAACAUAUUCAUUUGACCUGUCGGCAGCAGUUCAAUAUCCUAUCUCCAAUUGGGGUACUCGUGCAGAAAUUUUAACUUUUGACAACAGCGACGUGCGAAUUGUAGUUACAGCGUUUUGCAAGUGCAUAACAACAAUUGAAGUCGGAGUAGCUAUUGAAGAAUUGCAAACGCCUUUGAGACCCGACGAUCUGUUAGGGGCUACUCGUUUUUGUUCCAGAGAAAUCGCCCCCACCCAAAACACUACAGUGAGUAAAAUUGAAAUAAAUGCUGAAAACUGUUCUUUUGGAGGUUUUGUCAUGGGAAGAGAAAGGAUAAAUUCUGGUUCAAUGGUUCCUAUUUUAUCAUUCAACACUACAAAUCAUAACUUUACGUCUUCUGAGCCUCAUGUGACGAAUAGAGAAACGACGACAACCAGUGUCAAUGACACAUACAUUGUUGAGGAAACAUCUCACAGCCCUAACCCACAUUUCAGAAGUAAGUUGUGCCCAUGUACUUGUCUUCAUGCAUCCAAGAGUAAUAAAGACCUGCUAAAUGAGACAGUCUUGUCCUCUAAGAUGGCAGCCAUCCAGAGUUAUCUCCAAGUUCCUAGAGCAAACCUCUCCAGAAGAGUGAGGAGAAAAAUGUCCGCCAUAGACCACAGGCCGUCUAGCACUUCAGUUGGUUUUGUUGUGUUUGUUUGCACGUUUGUGCCAAUAUUUGGGGGCAUAAUACUGAGUGACUGUUGUAGGGCAUGGCGAUAUCUUUGUCGUGGGUGCUUUAAUCCAACAGGUGCUCGUAACAAGUGAACAUAACUGAUCCGUAUACGGUAAAGUGUUUUUGUUUUUGUAGUGUAGGAAGGACCUAUUAUUUCUCUGUACCCGCCAUGUAAAGCGGGGUCUGUAAGCUCUUUAAGUUUGAAUGUAAUAUAGGCCUCUUACGCACCCCCUGAAACCAGCAUUAAAAAGACGAUCCCUUCCCACUCCAAAAAGAAAUAAUAAAUAAAAAGACACCCCCCACCUCAGAGAGAAAAGUUAAAAGAAAACAAUAACUAUCA